AUGGCAGCAACAUCCAAACCCACCCUUACAAUCACACACAUCACCACUGCAACUGCCAUUCUUAACAUUGAUGGAGUCAACUUCCUGACAGAUCCCUUCUUUGGGGCCAUCGAAGGGACAGAGUAUGAUUCGACCGCGGUCUGGGAACAAAUGGACCUGAAAGCGUUCGGUUUCGACAGUAUUCCGCCACCACCGCACCUUGUCAACAAGCAAGGUCCAGCGCUUCAGCUCAAUGAGCUGCCGCCUAUCGAUGCUGUACUUCUUAGUCAUGAGGAUCACCUUGACAAUUUGGACCCAGAAGGCCGCAAGCUGCUGGAUGGUCGAAAGGUGUUUACCACCGUGGACGGUGCCAACAACUUGCGUCCUCGCCCAGGAGUCGUUGGCCUUCGACCCUGGGAGACUGUGACGUCGUGCAUUGGAGGAAAAAUGUACCGAAUUACUGGUACCCCUUGCAAGCACUUCCCAAUUGGAGAAGUUACGGGCUUCAUCCUAGAGACCGAUUCCUUCGGCGUUGAUUCAUCCGGCAAGCCCAAUGCAAUCUACUUCUCUGGAGAUACAGUCUACAUUGAUGAACUACGGGAAAUUGGAAAGAAAUGGCACAUUACUGCAGCCAUCUUCAACUUAGGCAAUGCCACCUUUGAGUUCCCAACUGGCCCUAUUCAGAUUACAAUGGACGGUAAACAAGCCGUUCAGCUUGCCCGUGAUAUCGGCGCCGAUGUCAUGGUCCCAAUUCAUUUUGAAUCGUGGGAUCAUUUCAAGGAGGGCCGGGCAGAGUUGAUGGAGGUUUUCAAGCAAGAGGGAUUUUUGGACAGAGUGUGCUGGACAGCUCCUGGCGUUUCCAAAGUUGUUUUUUAA